AUGGCAUCAGGGGAAGAAACAACAAGUGCGUCUGCUAUUCCUGAACGUGAACUACGAUCAAAAACGAAAGCAGCUGUUUCAUUUCAAACUCAAAGCUCUCCAAGUCGAACAAACCGUCGUAGUUUUCGUGGCCGAGCAAAAUCAUCAACAGCAAGUCCUAUACUCAGUAGAAAACUAAUCAAAUCCAUUUCAAGAAGAAAUUCGACCCAAAUCACAGUGGAUUCUAUCGAGAUUAAUGAAUCAAUGGCGUUAGAUCAAAAUAAUACCAAUGAUCAAAUUAGCGUGUUAGAUGAUACCAUGGAUUGCGAUAUUAUCGAACGCACUACAACAUCGAAUAAUCUUCCGGAUGGAAUUGUUCCUAAUUUAACGAUCGAUGACAAUCCAACGACCGAUGAUAAUCAAACGGCUGCUAUGGAAAACGAUCAUUUGAAUCAAAGUAGUGAUACCGAUGAAGAGAACAGUGUCAAGCGAACAAUGAAAACAACAAAAACAACAAAGAAAGAUGUUUUCAAGCAUUUUGAAAAAUUAGUAGAUGGUAGUUACAAAUGUACUUUAUGCGUCAAUAGUGAUAAGGUUUUCAGUAAAAACAACGAAAACUCUGACAGUAACUUGCGUAGUCAUCUCGGCAAAACGCAUCGAAUGCAAGAUUUUCUUUAUCCAUCUCAAAAAGCUCAACACCAACCAAAACCAAAAAUGAUUUCUUCUGGAGAAAAGGCCAUCCUGGAUGCUGCUGCUAUCGAAGCAAUCACACAAGACUCAUUACCUUACAACCAUUUCAGAAAAAAAGGUAUGACCAAAUUUUUAUCGCUCAUGAAACCUGGAUAUCGAGGACCACACAGAAAGACUGUUAGUAAACGUCUUUCAUUAUUAUACCAAGAAAAACGAAAAUUGAUUAAAGAGCAAUUGUCAUCUGUGCACAAUGUUAGUUUAACAGCUGAUGUAUGGAAGAGUAAAACACACGAUUAUUUUAUUUGUUUAACUUGCCAUUAUUUCACCGCAUCGCUUGAAAAUAAAUCGAUUGUCUUGUCAUUUCGUCGGUUUUCUGAUAAACAUUCUGGAGAAAAUUUCCGAAAUUUUAUUAUCCAUGAAUUAAAAAAAAUGAAUCUGGAAAACAAGAUCCAAUCUAUUACCACCGACGGCGGACCGGAUAUCAAGUGUGCUACUCAAGGUGAAACCUUUGGAAUUCGUAUUGGAUGUGCAGCGCAUAAUCUUAAUCUGGUCGUCAAAAAGGCUUUAUGGCUAUUUGAUAAAACAUCAACAAAAGCCAAAUCUUCAUCGGAUGCAACAACUAAACCAAAUGAUGAUCACAAUGAUUAUGAGGAAUGUGACGACAAUGAAGACGACGAGGAAUACGAGGAUUAUGUUGCUGAAAUUGAAGUAUUAAACCUAGAUGCUACCGGAGACGGUUAUUGUAGCGAUGUUUCUGAUGAUUUUACUUCUAACCAUGAUGCUGCGAAUACUUCGGUCGUAUCUAAUGAUGAUUUAUCGAGCAACGAUGAUAUGAAUGGAACUGACGACGAAAACGAAGCAUCGCCUCGGGUUAUCGAAAGCAUCCAACGGCCGCGGAAUGAACAAACAGCUACUACAGCUACCUAUCAUUCCGACGAAUUACCAACCACCAUUUUUAAUCUGUUAAAACGGAUCAGAAAAUUAGUCAAUUUUAUUCGAAAGUCUAGUGUUCUCAGUCGAUAUGUUCGCCACCAAAUCCAUUUGAAACAAACCGAACUAACGCGACGUGCUGAAGAACAAAAGACUGCAGCCAUUAAAUUGAAUAACUUCGUUCUCGAUUUUCGUAUUCGAUGGAACACAACUUAUACCAUGUUGUCUCGAUUUAUUGCCCUUAGUGGAAUCGUUAAUGAUAUUACAUUAUCACCAAGCACCGAAAUUGGUUUGACAAAACGACAAUAUGAAAAGCUAAGAAAACUUUCGUUUUCUUCGAAUGAUUGGUUAUGUCUAUCAGCACUUAAAAAUGUUUUGUUUCCUUUUUACAAAGCGACGUCAUUACUAUCCGGAUCGAAAUAUCCAACAUUAUCGAUAUCAUUUCAAGUUUUGAAAGGACUGAAAAUCUUUUUAACCAAAAACAAAAAUGAUCAACCGUUGGAAAAUGCAAUGAAACAUCUGCUCUUUGGACAAUUUCAUCAUUAUUUCGAACGAGAAACCAAAUGGGAACAAAAGCAAGCUACUUUGAUUGCUGCCUUUCUUGACCCAACUACCUAUCGACUAUUGGAAGACGAGGAGCGUUUUGAAGCAGAACGAUUACUUUUAGUAGAGUUUGAUAUCAAUCAAUCAUUGGAAGGAUUGCGAAUCAACAUUCCUGCAACAACGGCAAACAGCGAAUCAACAUCAUCACAUCAUGAGCCGAUGCUAAGCAGUACCACAUCUAAACAGACAUCUUCAUUGAAUGAAUUUUUAUCGAUUUGUGAAAUGACUUUACCUGAAUGUACACCAACACCUUUCGUCAAAGAGACAUUCACGUUCAAAGAAGAAUUAUGCCACUACAUGGCCACAAAUCGUUCGCAAUCGGAUUUCGCCAAAUAUUGGCUUCAAGAGGAGAAAAAUCUUCCAAAGCUUUUACAAUUCGUCAAGCGAUACAACUGUAUACCGGCGACGAGUGUGCCAGCUGAAAGUGCAUUCAGUGUGGCUGGAUACAUUCAGCGUAAAACUCGAUCAUCUCUUUCAACGACAGGACUUAGAUACUCAAUGAUUUUGCGUGAAUAA